AUGGCCGCGUGGGGAGACCGGCUGGCCGGCGUGCGCGGGGUGCUGCUGGACAUCUCGGGCGUCCUGUACGACAGCGGCGAGGGCGGCGGCAGGCCGAUCGCCGGCUCCGUGGACGCGGUGGCGAGGCUGAAGCGCUCGGGGCUGAAGGUGCGGUUCUGCACCAACGAGUCGCAGAAGUCCCGCGGGCGCCUGGUGGGCGAGCUGCGCGGCCUGGGCUUCGACGUGUCCGAGGCCGAGGUGACCUCCCCGCCGCCCGCCGCCCGCCGCCUCCUCCAGGAGCGCGGCCUCCGCCCACACCUGCUGGUCCACGACGAAGUCCGCUCGGAGUUUGACCACAUCGACACGUCCAACCCCAACUGCGUGCUCAUCGGGGACGCGGGGGACCACUUCUCCUACCGCAACCUGAACCGGGCCUUCCAGGUGCUCAUGGGGCUGGCGGACCCCGUGCUCCUCUCCCUGGGGAGCGGGCGCUACUACAAGCAGAGCUCGGGCCUGAUGCUGGACGUUGGCUGCUACAUGAAGGCGCUCGAGUACGCCUGCGGCAUCCAGGCCGAGGUGGUGGGCAAGCCCUCGCCCGAGUUCUUCCGGUCGGCCCUGCGGGAGCUGGGCGUGGAGGCCCACCAGGCCGUCAUGGUCGGCGAUGACAUCGUGGGCGACGUCGGCGGGGCGCAGCGGUGCGGGAUGCGGGCGCUGCAGGUGCGGACCGGCAAGUUCAGGCCCAGCGACGAGCAGCACCCCGAGGUGAAGGCUGACGGGUACGUGGACAACCUGGCGGAGGCCGUGGACCUGCUGCUGCGGCACGCGGACCAGUGA